UUCGCCGUAGCUGUCAUGGCGUGUAGUUUAUAAAGUCGCGUCAGAUGUCAUGUUGUUUAUUAUCAAACCAGUAACACGUUUGUAAGCAUGAGCAGCUCGGGUCCUCCGGCCAAAAAGAAAUGUUACAUGGGACAGCACCAGAUUAUCAAGAAAAAGAGCUCUCGAGCCCCGGACGAGCCACUACCUGGCAGCACCUCUGUUCUGCUGCAGAAACCCCGCUAUCUGUCGGACAAAACAAACAGAUCACACACAGAGAGCAUCAACAGAGGCAAACACCAAGUCCCUAACAUGGGUGGAGGGACAUUGUUGUCUCUGGGAGAGUCCUCGUUGGCUCUGGAUGAGGAGAUGCUGCAGGCACUGGAUGCUCUGGAUCCUGUCAAGCCUGCAGCUGACAAAGCUCCUUCAGCGACGGUAAACACCAACACACAGGAAGGAGCGGCUUCAUUAGCCACGUUAGAGCCUCUUGCAUCAGUUCCAGGCAAUAAGACAAAGAGGGACAUGAUGCAGAUUAAAAACAGAGCACCUCCCCAGAUCGGCCACAGCCCUCCUGCACAAGCAAGAAAAGGGAGGGGACUAACAGGGGAAAGUGGUGAUCAUAAGAGACCGGGGUGGAGAGCUGACUGUAAAGACCUCGCCCAGCGGCUCCUCUUCAGCGAGGAUCUGGAGGAAGCAGAGCAUGCUCAGAGGGUCCCAAAGAGCCGACAGUCAGUGCCAGUUUCUGCCUCCAAUAAUGGUCCGUCCUCCCAUGACAUAAAGAUCAGUCAGCAAGUAGACCUCACUACCCGGCAGAAGCGUACAUCUGAAAAGAGCUCUCCUCUCAGUAAAGACAGAGGCGGACCGAGUACGAAGGCAGAUUCACCCCUAAAUGUCUCCAGUAACUACAUCCUGUUCAGCCCCACACACCUGGCAGCAGCAAGGAAGAGGGCUGAACUCCAGCGCUCAUUACAAAAUCAGUCAGCCUCUGUGCUCACGGUCCCCACUGGCUUAGACCUGAGUGUGAUCACUGACUCUUUACCACAGCCAGGCAUUGCCAUGUGUGCCCCCGAGGAACACGCUGAAAAGCUGUUGUUAUCCAGCUGGGGUUUACCUAAGCCAGUCCUGGAGCGCUACCAGAAACACGGAGUAACACACAUGUUUGAAUGGCAGGCUCAGUGCCUUACUGUUGGAGAGGUGCUGCAAGGACGCAACCUAGUUUACUCUGCCCCCACAAGUGCUGGGAAAACCCUGGUGUCAGAGCUACUGAUGUUGAAGCGUGUCUUGGAGACCAAAAGAAAAGCUCUCUUCAUUCUGCCAUUUGUCUCUGUGGCCAAAGAGAAGAUGCACUAUCUUCAGAGUGUAUUUGAAGAGGCGGGAGUUCGGGUGGAGGGAUAUAUGGGCAGCACCUCGGCUGCAGGAGGGUUCACUGCUCUGGAUGUGGCUGUGUGCACAAUAGAAAAAGCCAACUCUCUGAUCAACAGACUCAUUGAGGAAGACAGUAUGGGCCUACUAGGUAUGGUUGUGGUGGAUGAGUUGCAUAUGGUUGGUGACUCUGGAAGAGGAUACUUACUAGAACUGCUUUUAACCAAAAUCCGCUACAUCGCCCAGAAGCAAAACACUACAGGGUCCCUUUCUGAGAGUGUACAGGUAGUAGGCAUGAGUGCCACCUUGCCCAACCUCUCCCUCUUGGCUGGGUGGUUGGAUGCAGAGCUUUACCAGACAGACUACAGACCUGUACCCCUGCAGGAGCACCUCAAGGUGGGCAACAACAUCUACGACAGCAGCCUCUCCCUGGUUCGGCAGUUUACACCUGCACUCCAAGUUAAGGGAGAUGAUGACCACAUAGUGAGCUUGUGUUACGAAACAGUGAGCGAGGGCCACUCCGUGCUGCUGUUCUGCCCCUCGAAGAACUGGUGUGAGAAGCUCGCAGACAGCAUCGCUAGAGAAUUCUACAACCUCAGACAUACUGAUGGCCAGGGUGAGGCAGCACCCCAGGCAGUGGGUCUGGAUCAGGAGGGGCUAAAGGAUGUGAUAGCCCAGUUGAGACGCACUCCGGCCGGGCUGGACCCCAUCCUGCAGCGUACUGUGCCAUGGGGAGUGGCCUUCCACCAUGCUGGCCUGACGUUUGAUGAGCGUGACGUUUUGGAGGGAGCUUUUCGACAGGGCAUGAUCAGGGUCCUGGCUGCCACCUCCACCCUUUCCUCAGGUGUUAAUCUCCCAGCUCGCAGGGUCAUCAUUCGAACCCCUACGUUUAAUGGACACCUGCUGGACCCACUCACAUACAAACAGAUGUCUGGACGUGCAGGAAGAAAGGGAGUGGAUACUACAGGAGAAAGUGUGCUGGUGUGUAAGGAGGCAGAGCGUCAGAAAGGCACCACUCUCCUUCGGGGUGCUCUUCAGCCAAUCAGCAGCUGCCUGGUGAAAAGGGAGGGAGAGGGCGUCACCACUAGUAUGCUGCGAGCCAUCUUGGAGAUCAUAGUUGGAGGUGUAGCCAGCACACCACAUGAUGUGAGGUCGUAUGCUUCAUGCACACUGUUGGCUGCCAGCAUGAAAUGUGGCCCCCGUCCAUCUCAGCGUGGUGUGAAGAACGGGUCAGACUCAGAGACCAACAAGGGGGCUAUUGAGGCCUGUGUUGAAUGGCUGAUGGAGAAUGAAUUUAUCAGUAUCCAGAAAGAGGGAGAAGAGGAGCGAUACUGUCCCACCCAGCUCGGUGCUGCUACCCUCUCCUCCUCCCUGUCCCCUCCUGAGGCUCUAGGAAUAUUUGCAGAUCUCCAGCGGGCCAUGAAGGGCUUUGUUCUGGAAAACGACUUGCACAUUCUCUAUCUGAUCACUCCAGUGUACGCAGAGUGGACAACCAUCGAUUGGUACCAGUUCUUCUGUCUAUGGGAGCAGCUUUCAUCGUCUAUGAAGAGAGUAGCAGAGCUGGUGGGCAUUCAGGAGGGCUUUCUUGCACGGUCCGUCAGUGGCAAACUCGUCGCCAAGACUGAAAAACAGCGCAGACAGAUGGCUAUUCACAAACGGUUCUUCACCACUCUUGUGCUACAGGACCUAGUGAAUGAGGUGCCUUUGGGAGCGGUAGCAUCCAAGUACAACUGCAGUCGUGGGCAAUUACAGUCUCUCCAGCAGUCUGCCUCUACAUAUGCAGGUAUGGUGACAGUGUUCUGUAAGCGUCUGGGCUGGCACACCAUGGAGCUGCUCUUGUCUCAGUAUCAGACGAGGCUGAGCUUUGGGGUCCAGAGGGAGCUGGUCGACCUGGUCAGGGUGUCUCUCUUGAACGCAGCACGAGCCAGAGCUCUCUAUGCACAAGGUCUCUGUACUGUCGCCGAGCUAGCCAGGGCUUCUGUAUCUGAUGUGGAGAAAGCCCUCAGGAAAGCUGUCCCAUUUAAGAGCUCUAAACGCGCAGUGGACGAGAGUGAGGUGGAGGCAGCUGAGAGGCGAAGCCUGCGCUGUGUCUGGGUCAGCGGUGGGCGGGCCCUGACGGAACUGGAGGCUGCCAAUGAAAUAGUGUCGGAGGCAAGGCUCCUCCUCCAGGAAGACCUGGCCCGGUUAGGAGUUCACUGGGAUCCCACUACCACCAACCCUGAUGACCGUUGCAGCGGCCACUCAGACUCUGGCUCUGAAACCUCAUCCAGCUCAUCUGUUGGCUCGCAUGAAAAACAGAGACACGACUCAAGAAACCGACAAGAGGGGGACAAGUUCAAGAAACAUGAGAGCAGAGAUGUUGACAGGCAUAUUGAGGAGAUUAAGGAGGAUUGUAAAGAUGAGAAAGGAAUCUCUGAAAGGGAAAUGUGUGAAAGGAAAAGGGAGAGAGACAGACAACAAGAAGAAGCAGCCAAGAGAGAACGAGGGAAGAGCAAGCUUGAAGGAAGGGAGGUAAAGAGGAAAGCGGAGGAGCCAGUAAAGGAAGAUAGGUGUGGCACAGAGAGAAGACAAGGUGAUGAAGAGCCAGUGGAAAAAGGGACUGAAGCACAGCGGAAAGAGGAGAGAAAUCAAAAAAUGGCCACAGCAAGUGAAAAAGAAAAUAAAAUUGAGAAAAUAGGAACAAAACAACUUGAGCAGUUAGAAAAAGGGGAAGAGAGUAAAACAACACAGCAGAAAGAAGGCAAGACAAAUGAAGGGAAGGCCUCUACCUCAAGAGAAGGUCUUGAAACAAAUCGUUCUGUCCCUGAACGGAGCUUGACACAGGAAUUGAACGAGAUAAUAUCCAGCCCCCUGCCUCAGCCACCGCCACCUCCUCAAGUCUCUCCUUCCCCCAUGCAUCCACCUCGGUUCAGAGCCCCAGUUUCUCGAGCAGAGGAGCCGCAGUGUGAUUCAACAAGAACAUUAAAUGGGGAUGUUGCUACGGGGCCUGGUGCAUCACCUGUGCAGCCAGGUAGACUGAAGCACGCCAGAGCCCUGAGCAAAGUGCUCCAUUCCAUACAAACUGACAAGAGCGCACAACAAAAGGUAGAGGCGGUGCAGACAUUACACUCUUUAAAUCCCACAGUAGUUACCCCAGUCCAAAACUCAGCCCAGACAACUUUUCCUGCUCCGGUCCCUUUGCAAGAAACUCCUACCCCCUUGCCUGUUCCUCAAAUUGUAGACACAUUAAAUUUUCCUAACCCAUUGUCUCAACCUAUUGGGCCACUGCCCUCUUUCUCUCCUGAGGCCAAGCGAAGAAGGAUAGAAGGACAACAGGUUGACAAGUUUUCAUCUCCUGAGCUGUACGCAGGAGAUGACAGACAUGAAGUUGAGGGAGAUGGUGAUGUGGAAGAGGAAGGUUUUGGUGACAGCUUUGAGCUGGACACUCAGACCGAAAGAAUCAUCGUUCAUCAGAUGUACAAACCCCAGGAUGGGAAUGAAGGGGGCAUGGAUGAGUGGGGGCAAACAGAACAGAUAAGAGAGGAGGAAAUGGAAGAAGCAGAUGAAGAAUUGGAGGAGAACCCAAAUGAGGAAAGAAACGGGCCUGGUGCCUGUGGCUCCCCGGACAACGCAUGUCCCAGAUUCAAUAUUUCUCUCACAAAUAGCCAGAUGGAGCUUAUCCUGAAUAGCAGCCACCAGAUCUCUCCAAGACCAGGUGGUGGUGCUAAAAUGGGUGAGGAUAAAGAUGAAGAAGGUGAUGGUGAUGAUGACGCCAAUCAAGUUGCUUCUGAGAGUCUUAACAGAAGCAGUAGCUUCCUGUUUGAUAGCUUGUAUGACACUUCACUGCUGGCUGGUCUGAGCCCACACGAGGACCCUGAUCAGGCAGAGGAAGCGGAAUCGGAUAGCCAGGAGAUCGGAGACAAUCGCCACCUUCAUUCAACCCAGGAGCGAAGACGCAGUGAGCUUUUAGCCAACCAGGAGGUAGAAAAUCAGGAGGCCAUCCAAUGGGGUGAGUCUUCCUUCAACCUAUCAGAAUGGGGCGACUCUCUGUUGGUGGGUGAACACUUCCUGGAGAGGCGGAGCUUGCUCAGACACACAGAGAGAAUGCAAAAAGAGCAAGAUCCCAGCCAUGGUGAAGCUCAGCAACCGAGCACAAGCCACGUUCUGACAGAGCAGCAAGUAUCAAAUUUUCAAACUACGCCUGGCAAGACAGAGCCACCAAAACCCAACCGCAUCAUUAUUCAGAAGCACUACCACAAGGACAAAGCCAACAAUAACCAAGACCAUACAAACAAAGUUGAACAAUGCAUUGAAGCACCAAACGGCAAUAAAUCAGUAAACUCAAACUCAGAGGAGGGAGGGAAAAGCAAAGGGAGAGAAGACGAGAGAGAAGUAAAGAUAAAUGAAGAAGGUAAAAAUAGGCAGGAGGUUGAGAAAGGAGGAAGGGAAGAGAGGGAAAUGAAAGAAGAAAGGAAUGUUCCUUUAUCUAAUACUGCUGUUUUAAAGCAUCCAAAUAUCAAAAACACACCUGAAAAUUGUCUGAACUGCAGCCCUGGUCUACAAGACAUCUUUGACCGUUGGCCUAGUAUGUCUGACCCGUCUUCCCAAUACAUUUCAUCGGGCUUCACAGACACUUAUGCACACGCUGCUGCAGGAAACGAAGCGGAUGUUCCAGAAAUACCUCAGUCCUCGAUCCAGGUGGACAGAAAGAGGCCAAGGCUGAAUUUACAGUCUGCGCCCGUUGAGAGUAAAUCUCAAGAGAAACAACCCACAAGACAAGAAACUGUUGAGGACACUCGCAGAGAAAGUGGAGGGGAGAGACCAGGCUCUGCCACUGACCUUAUUCCCCCUACGCAGCAAACGACACCGGUCACGCCCAGAGUAAAACUGACCACCUCCUCUGUUCAGUCACCCCUCAAUGCUCAGAUACUCAACCAGUCCUCUUCCUCUAGAGAACAGGGCCAACCCCCAGUCCCGAAAUGUCCUAGAUCCUGCCCAGAACCCAGUAAUCAUUUCACAUCUGCUCUAUCCAAGGCUAUUUAUGACAAUAAACAAAUGAAAUCUACAUCAAAUCUGAACCACAAACACCAGCUGGAACAGGAACCCACGACUGUACCAGUGUCUGAGGCACACGCACAAAUCAAACCCCUGCCACACGCUGGCUCAAACCCCAGUCUUCCCCAGGAUUUUGCCCCUCUACUCUCACCCCAGUCGAAGCCUCGUGAUUUGAACUCACCCCGGACUGACGAAAACAUCACCUCUCAGCUCUCCCAGAAUGCAUCGCUCUCUUCCAGUAACUCUGGGACAUUCUCCAUCAUCGACGUAGCGAGUGACAGGCACCUCUUCCACACUUUCAUAAAUGAGUGGAAAACAAAAGAGCGGUACUCCCUGGCUCUGGCCUGCGAGAGGCGGGAACACACACAGCAGCUCGAGGGGGGAAUAGGAGAGAAACACAAGAGAGUGUCAGCAGCUCAUCGGACGCCCCACAAGGCUGAUGGUUUUCCGGUGAGGGGCAGUGAAGGACAGGUGCUGACUGGACUGUCUGUCUGCUGGGGAGCUAGAGAUGCAUACUACAUAUCUCUGCAGCAAGAGCAGAGCACAGGUUUGAGCUCCAGUCUGGCCCCUCCACCACUGGAUUCUGAUUUGCCAGUGAGCGAGAGGCUCGAGCAGGUAAAGGCCUGUCUGAGCAGGCCAUUGGCUGGUCAUGCAGGGGGUGUGGUUGUCACCUAUGACAUCAUCCAGGUGUACAAGAAACUGGUACUGAGCUGUGGCAUCAGCUUGGAGGGAAGCUGUGAAGACCCCAAGGUGGCCUGCUGGCUGGUGGACCCGGCAAGUGAAGAGAGAACUGUAGCCAACAUGGUGACUGUCUACUGUCCUGAAGAAUUAGCUCUGCUGGACGGACUUGGGAAUGCACAUGCACACUGUCCCCGUGUUAGGUCAGCUACCGAGAGUGUGCUAGUGUAUGCCGCCAUGAACCACCUCAAUGUCCUGCUAGAGAAAGAUGGAAUGCUUGAUUUAUUCAGGCGCAUGGAGAUGCCGUCUCAGGUGUGUCUGGCGCUGCUAGAACUGAAUGGAGUGGGCUUCAGUGUCGAAGAGUGUGAGAGACAGAAACAUGUGAUGCAAGCCAAGCUCACAGCCUUAGAAUCUCAGGCUUACGACCUGGCGGGACACAGUUUCUCCCUCACCAGCAUCGACGACAUCGCACAGGUGCUGUUCUUGGAGCUUCACCUGCCUCCAAAUGGUGAUGUUGAUGCACCAAAAACUAAGAAAACCCUGGGCUACACCAGGAGAGGAGGUGGAAAAGUACGGCUCGGAAAGCAGUUCAGCACAACAAAGGAUGUUCUGGAGAAGCUUCGCCCUCUGCACCCGUUGCCUGGCGUGAUUCUGGAGUGGCGGCGGAUCACCAACGCCCUGACUAAAGUGGUGUUUCCCCUGCAGAGAGAGAAGCAGCACCACCCUUCGCUGGCAAUGGACAGAAUACAUCCCAUCGCCCAGACACACACAGCCACAGGUAGGGUGAGCUUCAUCGAACCGAACAUCCAGAACGUCCCCAAAGACUUUGAGAUUUGCAUGCCCACGGUGGUGGGGGAGAGCCCACCUUCACAAGAUGGCCAUCACACUGCCAGUAAGCCAGGCAGGAGGAGACGCUCUGUGAUGCCCACGGUUCCAGCUGGCAGUCCAGGCCCAGCCUUCUCUGUCAGCAUGAGACAUGCCUUCAUACCUUUUUCAGGAGGGAUGAUAUUAGCAGCUGAUUAUUCCCAGUUGGAGCUGAGAGUGUUGGCUCACCUCUCCAAGGAUCAACGCCUGCUGCAGGUGCUGAACGGAGGAGCAGAUGUGUUUCGCUGCAUUGCUGCUGAGUGGAAGAGUGUGGACCCAGAGACUGUGAAUGACAGCCUCAGACAACAGGCAAAACAGAUUUGCUAUGGCAUUAUUUAUGGUAUGGGAGCCAAGUCUUUGGGAGAGCAAAUGGGGGUAGAAGAGAACGACGCCGCCUGCUACAUAGAGAGUUUCAAGGCCAGAUACAAAGGGAUCCAUGCUUUUCUUAAAGAGACGGUGAGGAGCUGUGUGAAGAAAGGCUAUGUUCAGACUCUGCUGGGCCGCAGGAGAUACCUGCCAGGCAUCACUCACAGCAACAUGCAUGCCAGAGCACACGCAGAGCGGCAGUCAGUGAACACAACCGUACAGGGUUCAGCAGCAGACAUCGUUAAACUUGCCACCGUCAGCAUCCAGAAACGACUGCGAGAAACCUACCCUACAAGUCUGCUGUCACACCAGCACACACGUUCAGUCAGUCAUCACCGCAGGGCUGGGAGGUCACAUUUGAGAGGAGGCUACUUUGUCCUGCAGCUGCACGAUGAGUUGAUCUAUGAGACCACAGAGGAAGACCUCAUACAGGUUGCUCAGAUAGUCAAGAGGGAGAUGGAGUCAGCAGUAAAACUCUAUGUCAAGCUAAAGGUCAAAGUCAAGGUGGGACCCAGCUGGGGCAACCUGCAGGACCUGGACAUAUAAACUACAGCAUUCAUGGCUGUUGUAUGUUUCAGGCAGAAAUUACACACUUUACAGUUACUGCUUGAGGUACAGAAGAAAUGUAAAUAGGGAUCUAUCAUAUAGUAAAUGCAAAUAUAAUAAUGUAAAUUUGCUUUUGAUACUGAAUAUGUAUUUUUAAUCACUACAUUGAAAGUAAUGAGAACAUUAAGUAAGCACACAGUCAUACUGUAAUCACAUUGAACUAUGAAUUAAUUUAAUAUAGCUAUGGAUUUAUAUUUAUAAUUGUACUCCCUAUUGUACACUAUUGUCGAUUAUUGUAAAUGUUUUGUAUUAAAAUUGCAUUUUUAUGUGCUAUGAUACUCCUGCACUGUCAAUAAAUUAAAAUACAUAGGUUGGGUCCAUGCUUUUUGGAAUGUGAAAACUGUCUUGAUUGUGCUUU